GUAUUUUUGCUGUACUCAACUUGUUUCACAACUUUUUCUCUCCCACUUGUAGUAGUUGGUGACCACAAAUUCUCAUUCACAACAGCAAAAUCAAUAAAUAAAUUGAAAUUUCAAGAUCCCUAGAAUUUCAAGAAAUGGGAUUGUAUGAUCAAUCAUGUUGUGUUAUAACCCUAUGUUUUAUGUUCUUGGUUUUGAAUAAUCCUCAAUUUUCAUAUUCCAUGUCAUCAUGUACAUCACAAAAGUUCACCAACAACAAGUUAUAUGAACAUUGCAAUGACUUGCCACAUUUGAAUUGUUACAUUCAUUGGACUUACAAUUCAAAAAAUUCUUUACUAAAUUUAGCCUUUGUAGCUACUCCUACUAACCCUAAUGGCUGGAUAGCUUGGGGAAUAAAUCCAACUGGAACAGGAAUGGUUGGCACACAAGCGAUGAUCGCGUUUAAAAAUCUCAACGAUACCAUAGUUGUGAAGACAUUCAAGUUGAAUUCGUAUAAGUCCAUCGUGCCAGGGGAGCUAAUUAUGUAUCGCGUUGCAAAUAUGGAGGCUAUGUAUAGUAAUAAGAUGAUGGUAAUUUUUGCAAGUGUUGAAUUGCCAAAAGAUGUGAAAGAAUUGAAUCAGGUUUGGCAAGUUGGAAGUUCAGUGUUGAAUGGGACAUUUCCAGGGAUUCAUGAUUUUCAACCUGAAAAUUUGAAUUCCAAAGGGAAACUUGAUUUGAUGAAAGGGCAAAGUGUUAGUAAUGCACAUCAUGAGGAUUCUAUGGUCAAGAAUAGAAAUAUUCAUGGAAUUUUGAAUGUUGUGAGUUGGGGAAUUCUAUUUCCAAUUGGAAUAAUGAUAGCAAGAUAUCUAAGAACAUUUGUAGAUCCAGUAUGGUUCUAUGUACAUGUGACUUGCCAAGUAUCAUCUUAUAUUAUUGGAGUAUCUGGUUGGGCAACUGGUCUAAAACUUGGAAGCCAAUCCAAAGGAAUUGUGUACACUUCACAUAGAGAUUUUGGUAUUGCUUUGUUCUGUCUUGCAACACUUCAGGUAUUUGCAUUAUUUUUGAGGCCAAAGAAGGAUCACAAAUACAGAUUUUAUUGGAAUAUGUAUCACCAUGGAGUUGGAUAUGGUGUACUUGUUCUAGGCAUCAUCAAUGUAUUUAAAGGUCUUGAAAUAUUGCAACCAGGAAGAAAAUGGAAAUUGGCUUAUAUUAUUUUUCUAUCAAUUAUUGGAGGAAUUGCUCUUAUUUUAGAAGCAAUUACUUGGAUAAUUGUACUUAAAAAGAAGCCUGGAAAAUCAAAUAAUAAACUUUAUGAUGGACAAAAUGGAAGACAACAACAACCUCUCACUUCUUGAAGUUAUUAAAUGUGACCACAAGAUCACGGGUUCAAGUCGCUGAGACAGUCACUUGCAGAUAUGUGGGAUAACGCUACGUAUAAUAAAAUGUCGUGGUUCGAUUUUUCGCCGGACUUUUAGCAUAACGAGAGCUUUGGUGCCUGGGCACUGUCAGUUUUUGUGUUCUUUAUUUUACUUUUGGUUUGAAAUGUAUUAAUUUUUAUAUUUUCUUCUUGUGUAGAAGCCAUAUUCUAAGAGACUUGAGGGUACCUUUGUUAUUGUAUUGUUAUUUAAUUUACUUGUUGAUGUUUGUUAAAGAAUAUAAGAUAUGGAGUUUAGUUGCUA